AUGAAGGGUUAUUACGCAGAGACUAAUGACCCGAGGGAAAGACCUAGAACAAUCAAACUGAAUAUCAAUUACGAAUUAACUGGUGCUGCACAGCGAAAAUUCAUCCAUGACGGAGCAGACUCGAUUUACAACUGCAGAUUAAUUCUGCAGGUUCAGACACCGCAGUUAGAACUGCCUCCCAGAAUGUCCCUAAACAGAAUCACAAGAUUUGUAGAAUCUUGUUUAGAAAAUUACGUGUGCGAUAAUUUGAGGGAAGGGAGAAAUUAUUACAUCGAGGAUAAACCCAAGAAAAAAUUUUGCUUCCCCUCUGGAAAACCUGGAGCAUUUGCGGAAUUGGAAGAAGCUACUGGAAACACCGAGGCUAAGGGAGACUUCGGAUCUUUUCAGGGAAUUAUGAAUAAAAUAAUCGACGCAAGUCUGGAGGAAUUGAUGAAUGUCUUGAUUGACAAAGACGGUGCAUUCACUUUUCCAAAUAUCACCCACAAGUGCUCAGCUGGGAUCAGCUUUGUGCAGGCCAGAGCUAGACUGGAGAUAACAGGGGGAAAGCUCUAUGGUCUGUCAAACCUACGACGACAUGGACCCUUCAAGUUAGAAAGAUCUGGCCAAAAAUUGAUGUUCUCCAUGGGUGUAAAACUGCCAGUCGCACGUUUGGAAUUUCUGAAUUACACAUUCGCUUAUGAACCCGCAACUUUCAGUCUCGCCAAGAAGGCAUUCAAUCUUUUUAUGGACGUAUCACAGAGAGAAACUAUAAACAUUAACGGCGAUAUCAUACUGACGAUAAGUAGAAUGAAAUUGUCGGCAGAAGCAUUUCUUGAUUACUCGAAGACGCCCUGUGUCCAGAGGAUAGACAAAAUAAAAAUACUGGAAGUCAGUGAUAUCGAUUUGACCCUCACGGGUUUGGGGCUCGUAACGUACAUCAUUCAGGAAAAAUUCAACAUCAUCGCAGCUAUCUGCACUAAAAAUAUUGCACGGAUUCUGGAGAAAUCAUUUUUAGGAGCUAUUGAAAGCCACGUGCCAGACUCAUAUUGUGAAAAAUUCAGGACUUAG